CUUUUAUUAUAUUUGCUUGAGAAAGCGUCUGAUUGCCAAAGCAGAGCUACCAGCGUAGUGCUCAAGUUUCAGGCUGUCUCCUUCCAUCUGCACAGUUUCUGCAGCUGGACAAAGGCAGAUGCCCACAGCCUCGGUUCCCCUUUCGAGCAAUUAACCAUUCAAAAGAGUUUGCGGAAGCAGUUGCUUCAGGGAAAGAAGAAGAAGAAGAAGAAGAAGAAGAAGAAGAAGAAAGAAGCAGAUGGGGAGGUUGUCGUUCCCUUCACAAGCAUUCACACUAACUGUUUUCUUGCUGCUGCUAGAAUCCCCCAUCUCCUGCGCUAGGACACCCCGGCAUUAUUCGGAGAGCAAGCAGCUGCGCCUAACCCCAGAAAGGGUAACGCGCCUCCACUUCUUCUUCCACGACACGGUCAGCGGGAGGAACCCGACGGCCGUCCAGAUCGCCAGCGCGCCCUCCACGGCCAAGUCCCUGACGAGGUUCGGCUUUCUCACGAUGAUGGACGAUCCUCUGACGGAAGGGCUCAAGCCUACCUCCAAGGUGAUUGGAAGAGCCCAAGGAAUGUACGGAUCGGCGGACCAGGCGGAGCUGGGUCUACUGAUGACCCUCACCUACAGCUUCACCGAUGGGGAGUUCAAGGGGAGUACGCUGAGCGUGCUGGGAAGGAACCCUGUGUUCCAUCCAGUGAGGGAGAUGGCGGUGGUCGGAGGAACAGGGGCGUUCAGGUUUGCCCGAGGGUACGCCCUCGCCAGGACGCGUUGGUUAAGUCCCGUUGGGGACGUAAUUGUCGAGUACAACGUCACCGUCGUCCACUGAUCAGAAGUCAUCAUGUCUUUGUUACUACUGAGUUUGAUUGCAGCUUGCAGGCUUCCCUUUUCCUUUCUUCUUGCAGGAUCAUCCAGUCCGUGCCUUGUUUACGAGAAGUUCGUUUAAAAAAAUGUUGGUUUAUAUCUUUCGAUGUUUUUGAGUAGAUGUAAUCCUCACUCCAGCUUAAAACCAGUGCCUUCUUCACGAGCUGUUCUUUUUUAUCUUAGUCUGAUGUAUGCAGUCUCAAUAUUUUGCAGUAGAUGAAGUUCUCACUGUGGUGCUCUGUGUUGCUUUCUCA